UCUUAAAAUUAAAAAAAAAAAAAAAAACCGAACCUUCUCGUCUCUACAUUUUCCUUUCUUCUCUGUUCCAUUUUCUUCUUCGAUUUAAAAAAAUUUCGAAAAAAUGUUGAAGCUUUCGUGUAAUGUGACUGACAAGCUUCAAGGCUUCUUCUUCCUCUCGCAUUCUCAUCAAUCGGAUCCGUUACAUCGGAGAAUCGUCUCCUCCGUUUCUUGUUCUCAGCUGAGAAAACCGGGUUUGGAUCCUCUACGAGCAAUUGCAUCUGUUAAUCAAGGGAGUGUGCAGGGUUUGGGGACACUCGCGGAUCGGCUCCGAUUAGGUAGCUUGACGGAAGAUGGUUUAUCGUAUAAGGAGAAGUUCAUCGUCAGAUCCUACGAAGUUGGGAGUAACAAAACCGCUACUGUCGAAACGAUUGCUAAUCUCUUGCAGGAGGUGGGAUGUAACCAUGCACAGAGCGUUGGAUUCUCGACUGAUGGGUUUGCAACAACACCAACCAUGAGGAAACUGCAUCUCAUUUGGGUCACUGCAAGAAUGCACAUUGAGAUCUACAAAUACCCAGCUUGGGGUGAUGUGGUUGAGAUAGAGACAUGGUGUCAAAGCGAAGGAAGGAUCGGUACAAGGCGAGAUUGGAUUCUUAAGGACAUUGCUACUGGUGAAGUCACAGGCCGUGCUACAAGCAAGUGGGUGAUGAUGAACCAAGACACAAGACGGCUUCAGAAAGUCUCUGAUGAUGUUCGGGACGAGUACUUGGUCUUCUGUCCUCAAGAACCAAGAUUAGCAUUUCCAGAGGAGAAUAACAGAAGCUUGAAGAAAAUCCCAAAACUUGAAGAUCCAGCUCAGUAUUCAAUGAUUGGGCUUAAGCCGAGACGAGGUGAUCUCGACAUGAACCAGCAUGUCAAUAAUGUCACCUAUAUUGGAUGGGUUCUUGAGAGCAUACCUCAAGAAAUUGUAGACACGCACGAACUUCAGGUCAUAACUCUGGAUUACAGAAGAGAAUGUCAACAAGACGAUGUGGUGGAUUCACUCACCACCUCAGAAAUUGGUGGGACCAACGGCUCUGCCACGUCAGGCACACAGGGCCACAACAACGAUAGCCAGUUCUUACAUCUUCUAAGGUUGUCUGGAGAUGGUCAGGAGAUCAACCGUGGUACAACCCUGUGGAGAAAGAAGCCCUCCAGAUAAGAAAAUAGCCAUUUUGUUCUCAAGUUUCUCUAUCAGUCUCCAUGAAGAUUUUGCUUCACGAGUCUAGUCAGGUCUCAUUUUGUUUGAUAUAAGUUUGGGUUGGACCAGAGGGAAAACUGGAUUAUUGAAGUUGUCUUUGUUGAACUUAAAAUGAUGUUUUUGUUCUUGUUCUGUACAAAUUUUGAGGAUUUAAGCCAAACCCAUUUCUUCUUA